CAACCCUCCUCCUCCUCCUCCUACCCCUCUCUCUCUCUCCUUCCUGAAAACCACCCGCGAUUGGUAGGCCUAUUUACCGACAAAAACCAGCGGCCAAGAUGGGUCACUCGCUGUGAGUGGAAGCGCCGGACCAGCGUUACGGGAGGAGGCGGCGGCGGCCUUGUGCAGGUCUAUUCAGCCGGGAAUGGUGUGAGCUGAGACGGCCAGGCAGUCUGGAUCUGACCGGGGACCCGUCAUUCCCCCGGAGCCUCCGCGGCUCCAAGCCGCGUCCUGAGCCCUCCAAGAUGGGGAAGUGCGACGGAAGAUGCACGCUGCUGGUGAUAUGUUCACUGCAGUUGGUGGCAGCCCUGCAGAGACAGGUGUUUGAUUUUCUGGGCUACCAGUGGGCUCCCAUCCUGGCCAACUUCCUGCACAUUAUGGCCGUCAUCCUGGGCAUGUUCGGCACAGUGCAGUUUCGCUUUAGAUACCUCAUCUUUUAUGCAGUAUGGCUGGUCCUUUGGGUGGGUUGGAACUCAUUCAUUAUCUGCUUCUACCUGGAGGUUGGAAACCUGUCUCAGGACAGGGACAUUCUCAUGACGUUCAACACAUCCCUUCAUCGUUCGUGGUGGAUGGAGCAUGGUCCUGGUUGCCUGGUAACGCCAGUGCUAGACUCACGCAUCGCCCCUGAUGACCACCAUGUCAUCACUGUGUCCGGGUGUCUCCUUGACUACCAGUACAUAGAGGUGUUGAGUUCAGCCAUUCAGAUCCUAUUGGCUCUCUUUGGCUUCGUAUACGCCUGCUACGUGAGCAAAGUCUUCCAGGAUGACGAGGACAGCUUUGAUUUCAUUGGUGGCUUUGACUCGUAUGGCUACCAGCCUCCUCAGAAGUCCUCUCAUCUGCAACUGCAGCCUCUUUACACGGCUGGUUAACUGUUGGUAGCGCCCCCUUCAGGCCAAACCCUGACGGUGUCACUGUGGAUGGAAAGCGGCGGUUGCCUUGAUUACACUCACUCUGUGUGUCACAGUUUACCAGAGGAAGGGACUUACCCCACCCAGAGGGAGAAACGUCUGUGCGUGUGUGCAUGUGUGCUUGUGUCUGAGAAAGAAAGAAAGAAAUACAGCCCUGAAUAGAAUGUACAGAGCUCAGGGAAGAACCAGCAUGCCAGGUGGUGUGAUAAGAUGAAGGAAGGAGGAGGAGGAGGAGGAGGAGGAGGAGGAGAACGAUACAGAGAACAAGAGCUGGG